AAAUGGCCGACACAGAAAUGUUUUGAUUUUCAUCAUUACACCUUUUGCGAACUAAACUCGACAAUUUAGGACUUGAAGAUGCCUGCAGCUGAUAGAAAAAAGGAGAAGAAAGGUGACACACCAAGAGAAAAAAGAACAGGAGUUUAUUUGUUUGCCAAUGGAGAUAAAUAUGAUGGAGAAUAUGUGUUAUCCGAGCAUGGUUCUCUAGAACGCCAUGGUAACGGUACACAUGAGACACCUGGUGGAAUAAGAUAUCAAGGUGAAUGGGGGAAUGAUAAAAUGAACGGUCAAGGAUGUCUAUCUCACGCCUCUGGUUCAACUUAUGAUGGAGAUUUUAGUAAUAAUAAAUUUCAUGGUUUUGGAAAGUAUACAUGGCCCAAUGGUUCUUUCUAUGAGGGUAGAUUUGUUGAAAAUAAAUUGGAAGGUGAAGGUCAAUUCACAGAUACAGAGGGUCAAGUUUGGACUGGUACGUUCAGGUAUAAAGCUGCUCCUGGUUUACAGUUUAAAUUAAUGUUGGAUUAACCAGCCAUAUCAACUUCAACCUUCCUUCAUACCAAACUAGAUCACCAAAAUUAAAACAGCCAAUUAUUGAGAAUACUUUUUAUUGAUAUUUAUCAUUUUUAUACAUUUAAUAAUAUAUAUUUGUAAAUAAGUCUUGUAAUAUCAAAAAUAAAUAUGUAAAUAUUAAUUCGUGUUGCAUGAGAGAAAAAACAAAGGCCCUGCUUCUAAAAAUUCUUACAUGCAUUCUGUCAGACAUCUUAGACCUUCAAUCAGGCAGGCCUGGCAAAUUUCUAGUUUGGAUUUUUGACACACAAAUCCAUGCAGUAGAACUUGUCUAUAGAGAGUAAUAUAUUGCACUGCCUUAUUGGUCUGUUUCACCAGAAAUUCCUCACAAAAUGACUUCUUGUUUUGAAGAGACGGUAAGUGUCUAAGCUGGGGUAAAGUCUGUAAAAAUCCUAACACAAAAUCAAAACAAUUAUUUCUUUCUUCUUGAUACCUGUUUUUAUUCCAAUAUUGAGGAUAGGCAAACUGUAGCAAUAUCUGUUCCCAGUCUCUACUUUCUAUCUCCUUAUUUGGUAAAACAUCUAUACAUAUACAUUGUUGCCAGGGUGAUCCAAUAUGGAGGCCAUUUUCAUCAAAAUCGUACACUGUUCCGUGACUGUCUGUGACACCAAUAUGGAGAUUGCUGGUCUUUGUAUAAUCACACUACUUUUCCAUUAGUUUGUGAUAUCAGCAGCUCAUGUAACACAAGUUUCCUUCAGCUUUUAUCUAUAAUAACUUUAAUAAACCAAGAAAUCCGUGCCUGUGGGCGUGCUUUGCAAAUUAUACACACCGUUGAAAAACUGUUGAAACGCCAGAUCUAUGAAUAUUACACGCUUUCAAGAAUUCAGAAACUUCUCAAAAGCCAGUAAUAUGUCAUUUUCAUGUGAUUUGUCCAUCGACAGCCCUUUCAUACUAGAAAAACAACUUAUUUUGACAUUUUUCGUCAUUCAAUGCGAUUUGUCAAUAUUUUUUAGCU